CACAUGCGCAGUUUGGAAAUUCCAAAGCUUCAUUGGAGAUGAGAGCUGUUCCAACUUGGGUGGAUAAAGUCCACGACAAAGACAAACAAGAGCAAUGUAUCUGGGAUUUAUGCUUCAAACCUGAUGGGAGUCAGCUUAUUGUUGCUGCUGGAAAUCGUGUCUUGGUUUAUGAUACAAACGAUGGCACUUUAAUCCAGCCACUGAAAGGCCAUAAAGAUGCUGUUCACUGCGUGUGCUAUGCAAAAGAUGGAAAGCGUUUUGCAUCUGGAUCUGCUGAUAAAAGUGUCAUCAUUUGGACCAAUAAACUUGAGGGAAUAUUGAAAUAUACACAUAACGAUGCUAUCCAGUGCAUGGCCUACAACCCAGUGACCCAUUCCUUAGCCAGCUGUGCAGUGACAGAUUUUGCUUUGGCUUACUAUGGUGCCUUAUAUGAUGAGGCUUUUAACCAGAGCUUUGUCCAAGGGCUUGUGAAAGGUCUCUGGUCACCAGAACAGAAGUCUGUGUCCAAACACAAGGUGAGCAGCCGGGUCACGUGUUGUAGCUGGACCAAUGAUGGCCAGUACCUGGCGUUGGGACUGUACAAUGGACUCGUCAGCAUCAGAAACAAGAAUGGUGAGGAGAAGGUGAAGAUAGAGCGACCAGGGGCCAACACAUCCCCUAUCUGGUCCCUGCAGUGGAACCCUUCCAAGGAUGAAGCAUAUGAUGUUCUAGCUGUUGCUGACUGGGGACAGAGGCUGUCAUUCUACCAGCUGUCUGGCAAACAGAUUGGCAAGGACCGUCAGCUGGGUUAUGACCCGUGUUUCGUGCGCUGGUUCACACGGGGGGAAUAUGUGGUGGUGGGUGGGGGCAACAAGCAGUGCAACCUGCACACCAAGGAGGGUGUCAAGCUGGGAACCAUAGGGGACCAGCAGUCCUGGGUUUGGGCUGCAGCAGUCAGGCCGGACUCCAACUAUGUGGCUGUUGGCUGUCAAGACGGCACUAUAGCGUACUACCAGCUGAUCUUCAGUACGGUCCACGGCCUGUACAAGGAUCGCUAUGCCUACAGGGACAACAUGACAGACAUUAUCAUACAGCAUCUUAUCACAGACCAGAAAGGUGAUGAAAUUCCUAAAACUGAUGAUUCCCAGACAGAAAUGGCUGCCAACAAAGUGAUCAGCACCACUGGCAUGCCUUACACUGUUCCAAGUUGUCGGCAAUUGCGCAUAAAGUGUAGGGACCUUGUAAAGAAGAUAGCAAUCUACAGACACAGGCUUGCAGUUCAGCUGCCUGACAAGAUUGUCAUAUACGAGCUCUACUCUGACGAUGCGGCCGACAUGCACUACAGGGUCAAGGACAAGAUCGGUCGCAAGUUUGAGUGUAACCUCCUGGUUGUGUGCUCACAGAACAUCAUACUGUGUCAGGAUAAGAGGCUGCAGUGUUUCACAUUCCAAGGAGUGAAGGAGAAGGAAUGGGUGAUGGAGUCAUUGAUACGCUACAUCAAGGUCAUAGGGGGUCCCCCUGGCAGAGAGGGUCUACUGGUUGGGCUCAAGAAUGGACAGAUCCUGAAGCUGUUUGUGGACAACCCGUUCCCCAUCCUGCUACUGAAGCAGCACACGUCUGUUCGAUGUCUGGACAUGAGCGCCAGUCGCACCAAGCUGGCCGUAGUGGAUGAAAACAACACCUGCCUUGUGUACGAUAUCAACACCAAGGAGCUGCUUUUCCAGGAGCCUAAUGCAAACAGUGUGGCCUGGAACACCCACUAUGAAGACAUGCUGUGCUUUUCUGGCAAUGGCCUCCUCAAUAUCAAGGCCAGCAACUUCCCUGUUCAUCACCAGAAAUUACAGGGCUUUGUUGUGGGCUUCAGUGGUUCAAAGAUAUUCUGUUUGCACAUCUACUCGAUGUCUUCAGUAGAUGUCCCACAGUCAGCGCCUAUGUACCAGUAUUUGGAGAAAAAACUGUUUAAGGAUGCCUACAAAGUGGCCUGUCUAGGGGUCACAGAUGGGGACUGGGAGGCCCUUGCCCACGAGGCUCUGGAGGGUCUGGACUUCGACACGGCCAAGAAGGCCUUCAUCAGGAUAAGGGACCUGCGGUACCUUGAGCUCAUUCACAAUAUUGAGGAGCGGAGAAAGCGCGGUGAGAAUGAUAACAUGGUGUUCCUGGGCGACGUGUUUGGGUAUCAAGGAAAGUUCCAUGAAGCCGCCAAGCUCUAUAAGAAGUCUGGUCAGGAACACAAGGCUAUGAACAUGUACACAGACCUACGCAUGUUCGACUAUGCAAAGGAAUUCAUAGGCUCUGGUGACCCAAUGGACAAGAAGAUGUUGAUCACCAAACAGGCAGAUUGGGCCAAGAGUAGCAAUGAGCCCAAGGCUGCAGCGGAGAUGUACAUCAGCGCUGGGGAAUACGUGAAGGCUAUAGAAAUCAUUGGUGACCAUGGAUGGGCUGAGAUGUUGAUAGAUCUAGCGAGGAAACUGGACAAGGCAGACCGUGAGUCCCUGUCCCGCUGCGCCCACCAUCUGGCCAAGCUGGAGCAGUAUGGGUACGCUGCAGAGGUCUACAGCAAGAUGGGCGACCACAAGGCACUCAUCCUGCUGCAUGUGGACGCCAAGCACUGGGAGGAUGCAUUCACGCUGGUGGAGAAGCACUCAGAGUACAAGGAAGAGGUGUAUGUACCAUACGCCCAGUGGCUGGCAGAAAACGACAGAUUUGAGGAGGCUCAACAGGCCUUCCAUAAGGCUGGCCUGCAGGCUGAGGCAGUCAAGGUUCUAGAGCAGUUGACCCACAAUGCUGUGAUUGAAAGUCGCUUCAACGAUGCCGGAUACUACUUCUGGAAACUGUCCAUUCAGUGCCUGGAUAUUGCUAGAGAGGAGCCUGACAAGAUGGAAGAAAUGCUGCCAAAGUUCUAUGAUUUCCAGAAGAAAGCAGACAUGUACUAUGCCUAUCACUCCAUACAGAGAUAUACUGAUGAGCCGUUCACCUCCCACCUCCCUGAGGCGCUGUUCAACAUCUCCAGGUAUCUCCUGCACCAAAUGAACUCACAUAUCCCGCUGGGCAUAUCAAAGGCUGGGACAUUAUAUGCACUUGCUAAGCAGAGCAAAAACCUUGGAGCGUUCAAGCUGGCAAGGUAUGCAUAUGACAAGUUGCAGACGACACGAGUCCCGACCCGUUUCCAGGAGGCAGUUGACCUGGGCAGUAUCAUGAUAAGAUCCAAGCCCUUCCUGGAUGGAGAGAGUAAAAUAUCCUCAAGAAGUGCCAAUACCCAGGAGCUGUUACCGAUGUGCUACAGAUGCUCUACUACCAACCCACUUCUGAAUCCAGGGGGCAGUAAAUGUGUGAACUGCAGUCAGCCUUUUGUGCAUUCCUUCGUGUCAUUCGAGGUGCUGCCUUUGGUGGAGUUUGUCAUUGAGGACGGCAUAUCAGAUGAGGAGGCAAUAACGAUACUGGACCUUUCUGUGCCGAAACCUAAAAACGAGGAGAAGAAAUGGCAGGAGUCUCGCACAGGCAAUAUGCAGUCUCUCAGGCUGGGGGAUGAGCAAGAAGAGGAGGAGGAAGAGGAGGAUCCCUUCUCUAACAAACUCAUGACAUUUGAUCAAGGAGACACUCAGUUCCGUCCUGUGAUAGUGAAUAGGAAAGUGUUGAAGACUAUGUCCCGUGCAGAUGUCUACAUAAGGAAGUGGCCCAAGCCUCUCCGCCACCAGUAUUUCAGAUCUCUGCUCCCGGACGUUAGCAUCACAAUGUGCCCUAGCUGUCAGAAGCUAUUCCACACUGAUGACUUUGAGCUACAGUACCUACAGAAUGGACACUGCCCCUUUUGUCGGCAUAAGAUGGACAACUAAGCAAGAAUGUGUGAUACGGUACCAAACAAAAUCCAAGUGUUAAUGUAGAUGACUGAACUUUUCACUAUAAUCUGUCUUUUUCCAUUUUCACUCUUACAGUUUGUUAUCUCAAAAGCUUAAUAUAGUUUUUGGAUGUUUUAUAUUCCCUAUGCAUUCUGAUUUGUUUACUGAAGUUCCAUUUUUAUGACAGACAACCAGUUCCCACAAAUAAGGGAAAGAUUAAAAAAAAAAAUCACUAUGCAUCCUACUUGCUCAAGCAUUUAACAGACUAUUACUGUUAUGUGGAUAGUAGUAUUUGAAAAUCAGAAAGAAUUGUUAAAUGUUUAAAAUAUUAGUUUUGAUCUUUUUGGUAAUAUUUAAAAAUUAAGUCAUAAAACAUAUUUAAACAAUCUAAAACCAAUGUGCAUAUUUAGCUGUGAUCAUGCUCACCUGAGUGAAACAUGCUCAUGGUGAGCUUCUGGGAUCACCUGAUGUUUUCCUUUUGUUGUGGGUCAUCAACAUUUGCUUUGCCAAUACUCUAGUGGAUACAUUUUUUGUCUUUAUGAAACUUAGUCAGAAGAUUUGUCAGAAUGAUUCAUGACUAGUUAGAAAAUGAGUCUCAUGAGGUCAAAAACUAGGUUGAUGGUUCUCUUUGCUGAAGAUGAUUACAAUAACUAGUAAUACAACAGAAGACAGAAUAAAUUCAUGCAAUGGCAGAGAGACUAUAUCAAAGUCAUGUUAUAACUUAAGUAAAAAUAUAAACAGUUCAAUCUCAUCAUAGUAAUUUUUUUAGAAGGUCUUUCUUUGUGCUCCUUGAAAGUGGUUAGAACAAUUAAAAAUAAUUUUAUCUAUAUGAUAUCUCAACAGAGUUCUAUACUCAUUAAUGUGAGGUCAAUAACUAGGUCAGUAUUUCAGCUCGAAAGACCUUUUUGUCCCUUUGGAAAUCAGAUUUUAUGCCCAAUCUUCAUCAAAAGAGAUUAUGUUGUCCUAUUGAUAUCUUUGUCAACCAUGAAAAUGGUUCCAGUUGGUUAAAACAUUACUGCAGGAGGGUGGGGCAGUUUUUCUUGUGUGAAUUUAUUGACACAUUGUAAACAUACAAGCAAUCACAUUCUUACCCAAUCAUAAAGCUUGUUACAAAAAUGUUAUGAAAGCUUGGCAAGUGAACGAAUUUAUUGCACAAUUAUCACAUAACAUAUCAGAGCCAUAAGAUACAUUUUAUUUGGAUUUCAGAUGAGUGCACAAGGGCCUUUGACCCUCUUGUUAUUUAUUUGGGCUGCAGUAUGUAUGCUACCAUGUCUUUGUUUGUUUCACUUAGUUCAUUGCUCUGAAUGUAGGAAGUUUAAGUAUCCUUUUUAAGGAAAUAAAUUAAAGUAUUGGUACUUAUUAAUGAGAUGCAUAUAAGGGAAUAGAACACAUCGUUUAUCACACGUGUCUUUAAUUGUUAGGCAUAAAUUGGUGUUCAUUGUUAUUUAUCCGUCCAUUUGCUCCACAUAUUGUCAUAUUACGUAUGUAACAAAUUUGUUCUUGCCUAAUUACAUGUAUAAGAAAAGAAUGUGUUGUUUGUCAUCAUAAGUCGCUCCUUCUUUGAAAUUGAUGUGAUUGUUAAAGAUUUUGAAUUUUGUUAUCAUUACAUCAAAGAUCUACCAUUUUUUAUAUUUGAAAAUAAGUUGAAAUGCAUAAUUCUUGUAAUUUAAGUAGUUGUCUUUUGGAAGCAGUUUGUAACUGAUUCUGUGUGCAACUUAAUACAAUCCAAGAAGUAAUACUGUUGACAUUGGAUUUCAGUAUUUUUAUUAGCUUGACUAUUAACCCAUAAGUCUGAGCUAUAAAACUCACCCAAAUGUGAGGUGACCAACCAAGGCCCAUAACUAUAAAGCUGAAAUUUAGAAGACUCAUUCCGAUCUCUAGCUGAUUUGUAGACCUUAGAUAUAGAUGAACUUUGGGCCACUAUGGUCAACGUAAAUGUCAAUGUUGCUUAACCCCUUACCACUUUGAUACGUAUUUUUAAGCAUUUGUAGUCCCUAAGAAAGUAAAAUUAAAUUAAAGACCUUUCUUACUAGAUUCCAGUUUUAAAAGCUUCAUUUCCAACCCUAAGAUACUGAUAAGCAGCAAACAACAUAAAACCUGAACAGACUGCAAGUAACUCGCAGGCUGUUCUGGUUUUAUGCUGUUUGCACAUAGCCAUUUUCACUUUGCAUCUGAGUGGGAAAGGUUUAAAUUAGAUGAAAGGUUUGCACUCAACAAUUCCAAGAAGAAAGCAGAUAUUGCGCUUGAAGUUGUAUGUAGGUAGGUACAGGAUGACCUUGUGAGGGAUGCAUUUGGGACCAGUGGGGUGACAUCCUGUUGCUUAAAAAUAGAACAAGGUUGGAUGAAUGAAUUGUGCUUUAAUUUUGUGUUCACAUAGCUUACAUGUGGACCAUUCUUGCAAACUUAAUUAAAUUCAACUAAAAGAAUUGGUAAAACAUUGAAAAUUUGGUUUCUUUGCAUGGUUACAUGUCUUGUUUUGAUUUUAUUAAAUCAAGUUUAAAAUUUCAUUUACUAUAUAACUACUACAUAUAUAAAACGUAGAAUGUGCCUUUGUGGUCAUUUUAUAUAUGGUUUCACUGGUGUGAAAAUACUAUCAAAGCGGAAGAAUAGUGGAUUGCAUUGUCUUUGUACAGGUUUUGUUAAUGUAUGAAUUUUUUUUUAUUUUUUUUUUGUAUAUUUGAUAAUAUUGACCUACUUGCUAAGUUGCUUAUGCAUGUAAUUAUGUUAUUACAAAAUAUUAAAUAUCUAUUUUUAUUUAAAAUUGUGAAAUCUCAUUGUGAAUUGUUUUUGUUAUGCUAUUUGAUUUUAUUGUACAUAACAAUUUUUUAUGUAUUUAUUAUCAAGAUUUGUUUUUCAACUUUGAAUUGUAUUCUGUAUUAAAUUGACAACAAUAA